CGAUUACACUUGGCUGUUGGACACACGUCGAUCUAUUUUUUUUUCGAUAUCUCCUUGACUAGGCGCCUCUUACAACCUGCAAGAUGCUCUUUUCUGUUGCGUCGUUGGUCCUCCUGGCGGCUGAGGUGGCCCCUGCCUGGGCCUACCCGGCGCCGAACCCCAUCGAGAUGAUCCGGAGGGCCCCUAACCCGGGCGUGGUUUACACCAAGUGCGCUCGCCCCAACACGCUGGCUCUGGCCUUCGACGAUGGGCCCUACCAGUACACCCAGAGGCUGGUCAACAUCCUCAACGCCGCCAAUGCCAAAGCAACCUUCUUCUUCACCGGCACGCUCUAUGGCUGCAUCUACAACCAGGCAUCUGCCGUCAAGAGUGCCUAUAACUCGGGCCAUCAGAUCUCGUCCCACACCUGGUCUCACGCCAACCUUGGCAACCUCCAGGGCAACGCCAUCACCCAGGAGAUGCAGCGCCUGGAGCAGGCCUUUGUCAACAUCUUCGGCAAGAAGCCCGCCUACAUGCGCCCGCCGUACCUUGCCACGGGCGGCCAGGUGCUCAACACCAUGCGCACCCUCGGCUACAAGGUCAUCACCAACGACAUUGACGCGGGCGACUGGAACGGCAAGUCGGCCCAGCAGAGCCAGGCCGAGUUUACCCGGGCCGGCGCUGGCGGCAACGGCCACAUCCCUCUCAUGCACGAGACCUACCAGAGCACCGUCGAGGUUCUUGUGCCCUGGCUCAUCAACUGGGCGAAGCAGAACAACCUGGCCCUGGUGACCGUUGCCGAUUGUCUCGGCGACGCCGGCGGCGCCUACCAGCCUGGCAACUUUGCCGGCAACGGCCAGAACAAGUGCUAGGCGGAUGAAGAUGGAUGAAUGACCCAGCUUGUCGCCUAAGGAUUGUUGAGAAAGCCAUAGCGAAUACAGGCAUUGAUGAGUAUGAUGUACAUAGUAACUAACGACGCCCAAAUAUGUGGGCGUGUUGUAUAUAGGCCAAUUUAUAGGCAUUUGCGC